AACAAAUAGACCACCUGGUUCAUUAAUUGAUAAAAUUGAUUUUGAUGAUGGAUUUAUGGCUCUUGAUAGAAGAUUCUAUGUAUUUCAUUUAUUACAACAAGAGAAAACAUUUAAAUCUCUAAAUCUAUUAGAUUUUUCUUUAUAUUUGAAACUUGUUUCUUAUCAUCCAUCUACUAUAGCCUCAACUUAUCCACUUUCAAAUGAAGUAACCCUAACAAAAUUACUAUCACCUUUUAAGAUUGACCUUUAUCUUGUUAGAAUAUGUGAUCUUGAAACAGCAAAAAAAAUUAAUUUAACAAUAGAAGAUGUUUUGAAACAACCUAAAGAUAUAAAAAAUCAUCAGUUGAAAGAUAAUUUUGAUAUAUUAUUACAAUAUAGUGUACAAAUUAAUUGUUCAACAGAAUGU